UGCUCCCGCGGAUAAGCUCAGUCACAAAAGCCGUUAAAAUCCUCAACUGAAUUCCCACUUGAGUAAUUCACAAGAAGAAGGAGACUGGAUUCCAAUGGCGUCCACAACACUCUCCCUCUCCUCGCCCUCCAUUUCCGGUUCUACAACGCCUUGUCUUCCCCAUACUGCCACCACCGUCGCUUAUUUCAAACCCCAUAACAGAAGUUUCUCUACUUCUCUCUUGGGUAAAAGCCUAAGUUUGUAUCCAACAUCGAGAAUCCGGCCAACAGACGCUAAGAAUGCUUCUAAUGGGAUCACUUGUCAGGCUUCUUCUAUUCUUCCGUCUGCUCUUCUUUUUGAUUGCGAUGGGGUUCUUGUCGAUACUGAAAAGGAUGGCCAUCGGAUUUCCUUCAAUGAAACUUUUGAAGAGAAAGAAUUGGGCGUUACUUGGGAUGUAGAUUUGUAUGGUGAGUUACUCAAAAUUGGUGGUGGAAAGGAAAGGAUGACAGCGUACUUCAAUAAAGUUGGAUGGCCAGAAAAGGCUCCCAAGGAUGAAGAUGAAAGAAAGGCAUUCAUUGCUGGACUCCACAAACGAAAGACAGAUUUGUUCAUGGCCCUUAUUGAGAAGCAAUUACUACCGCUUCGACCUGGUGUUGCAAAGCUAAUUGAUCAGGCAUUAGGAAAAGGAGUGAAAGUUGCCGUUUGUAGCACUUCCAACGAGAAGGCGGUCUCUGCGAUAGUAUCGUUUCUACUGGGAUCGCAACGAGCUGAGCAAAUCAAGAUAUUUGCAGGAGAUGUAGUGCCUCGAAAGAAGCCUGAUCCAGCUAUCUAUAUUUUAGCAGCCAACACCCUUGGUGUUGAUCCUUCAAGUUGUGUUGUGGUGGAGGACAGUGCCAUUGGUCUUGCAGCUGCCAAAGCUGCUGGAAUGAAGUGCAUAGUAACAAAGAGUGGGUACACAGCUGAGGAAGAUUUUCUAAAUGCAGAUGCUGUAUUUGACUGCAUUGGAGACCCUCCAGAAGAGCGUUUUGAUUUGACAUUCUGUGGAAGCCUUCUUGAGAAGCAGUAUGUCAGCUAGAGCCUGCAAGCACCAAUGCAUAAUUUUCAUGUACUAAAAACCAAGCAAACGUCACACUUUUUGACGUUUAUGAAUUCAAAAUAUAGAGAUGUCAGGUCAUGCUUCUUGACUUAAAUCUUUGUAUUUAAACCUUACAUAUAUGUAUGUCAAUUUGUUGAUAUAUCCUUCGUUUUGCUCUUGUAAAUCAAUACAAGAGCAAAUUUCGUUUUGCUCUUGUAAAUCAAUACAAGAGCAAAUUUCUUAUAUUUGAAUUCUCAUACUUCAUGUUGC